AUGGACACGGUGGUUGAGACGGACCCGAGCGGCCGCUUCGCGCGGUCCGGCAAGGUCCUGGGGCAGGGCGCGUCGAAGACUGUCUACAAGGCCUUCGACAGGAUCGAGGGCCGGGAGGUGGCCUGGAACAAGGCGCUGGUGCACGGCAGCACGGAGACGGCGCACUCCCUGCUGCACACGGAGGUCAAGGUGCUCAAGAGCUUGAAGCACCGGAACAUAAUGAAGUUCUAUGCGUCCUGGGUGGAUGAAGACCACGGGACCAUUAACUUCAUUACGGAGUAUUUCCACUCGGGCACCCUGAAAAGGCAUCGCAUCGCGCAUAAGUCCUUUGAUCUUCAACUCAACCCGGCGCUGCUGAAGCGCUGGGCUUGGCAGAUCCUGCAGGGUCUCGUGUACCUGCACGGCCACAACCCGCCGGUGAUUCACCGGGACCUAAAGUGCGACAACAUUUUCAUCCAUGGUGUGACGGGAGAGGUGAAGAUCGGUGACCUGGGGCUGGCGCGAAUGAUGGAGAACAACAUGUCCAUGUGCCAUACGUGCAUCGGCACACCAGAGUUCAUGGCACCUGAAAUGUACAAUGAGGAGUACAAUGAGAAGAUUGACAUUUAUUCCUUUGGGAUGCUCCUCUUGGAGCUUGUCACGAUGGACUAUCCAUACUCAGAGUGCAAGACAGCAUGCCAAAUAUAUCGCAAUGUCACGGAGGGAGUUCCCCCUCAGGCCCUGCAAAAGAUCGAAGACCAGGAGACCCGGGACUUCAUCGAGAUGUGCAUCCGCUAUGACCACAAAACGCGGCCAUCGGCAAGGCAGCUCGUGAAGCACAGGUUCUUUGACAGCGUGAGGGCCCCAUCCCCAAAGCCUUUCUGCGUCCCAUCCAGCCCUGAGCUGGCGCUGGACGAGUGCAGCCUGAUCAUUGACGGCAUUCAGGACAGCCUGGUGGGCGUCAGGAGCGUCCCAGAGAGCUUCAGACCCUGCAUGAUCAGUGAUGAUGCGGUGGACAAGGAAUUGAGGGAUGAGAUGUUGGCCAGGCCGGGCUCUGCAUUUGGGGACGAGGUCAGUGACGUAGACUCGGCCAGGCAGGGGGAACAUUUGCCCUACAACAAGGCAAGCAGCGUCGGCUCCAACACAGACAGUGAGACCUCAGUGUUGAAGCGCCAGUUCAGCCUCCAGCACAAGGGUACAGCCGCGCUGCCAUUCGUGGACGUGAUCAACUUCGAGCUGUGCUUUGGCGGGCCAGGGGCCACCAAGAAGUUGAUGUUCAGCUUCGACGUGCUGUCUGACACCGUGGAGGAUGUGGGGCUUGAGCUGGAGGAGGAGUACAGCCUCACCCCUGAGGAGACUGAGCUGUUCACACACCUGCUGAAGCAGGAGCUCGAAAGGGCUCUGCAGAGCGCCCCGUUGCGCAGCCACGGUGAUAGCAAGGGCUCGGCGAUGAACACCUUCAACUCCCUCAUGGUGUCCAUGUCGCUGGACGAUUGGACCAACAACCGGUCUCGCAAUGGGCUCGUGAAGGCCAGCUUGUCUGGGGACGUGAAAUCUGGGUCGGAGCCUGGGGUGGAGUCUGGUGUGAAGUCUGGAGCCAAGUCUGGUGUAGUUUCGGGGAUCAGGCCCUCGUCAAAGGCUCCACCGCUUGUGUCAUUCAAAAUCAAUAUGGAGGGCAAUGGCAACAGGCGGACUUCCCGAUACGAUGCUGUGGCAAGGCGGAGGCGCAGCAUCGAGGGUGACAGGGGGAGGAGCAGUGACCACAGGGGCCCCCGCAAGAGCUUCAACUUUGAGAGGGCUGACGUGUGGAACAACCUGGUGCACCACCUGAAGGGGGGGCCCACUUCCAUCAGCAAGCACUCGGUAAGCCGGUACAAGAGGUGCUCGGACACCCGGGUCGCUAGCGACGACUCGGCGAUGCUGAAGAAGGGCAGUGAUCAGCGCAGGGACCGCGACGUGGAACAGGCUGACAGGAGGCAGAAGCAAAAGGGUGACAAGGGUAACAAGGGCGACAAGGGGUUCAAGCGGAGGAACUCCCUUGGCUUGUCGAAUGUGUCCAUCACCCCAGUGCUGAACCAGGUGCGCAUGGUGGCGGGCGCCGUGAAGCACAUCAAGUCUGCUGCUGUCAUCCUGUGCCGCAACUCCCUGGAGGGCAAGAAGAUCUUUUUUGAGAUCCGGGGCAAGGGCGCGAAACAAGCUAAGGAUGCCGUGGGGUCGACCCGCGAUGAACGGACGAGGUGCAAAGGCAGUGCCCAGUUUGAUUCGAGACGGUCGAUGUCUGAGCCGUCUGACGCUAUGCCUGAGCGCGUGUCUGUCGACAUGGAUGGAUGCUUGGGCUGCAUGAGUCCUGUGGACCCUUCCACAAAUCACAAGAAAUCCGUUUUCGGUUCUUUCCGUCGAGUUGCAAGCAAGGUGUGGUCUUCUCGAAAAGCUGAGGCUGGCAGACUUUGA